UUGCAAGCAAUGAGAUCUUUCAGCUUAGUCAUAUGUGUUCUCGUCUUGGCAAUGCUCAUUAUGUUGGCCGAAUCCUCCUACGGUGGUGGAAGCAAACGCUCUCCUCCUCCUCCUCCUCCAAUGGCUCCUUCUCCAGCACCAACAACUGCUCACUUUGGCGAACCCAAGACGCUUCCACCACCUCCAAACGCCGCCACUUGCCCAGAGUUAAUCACCUCUACGUUCAUUACUCUCUUGGCUUUCGUCCUCUAAUAUAUAUCCCUUUUGUCUUUUGGUUUUCCAAGUUGUACGUUGUGUGCUGCUGAUCUCAAACAGCUAACCUAUAUGAAUCAGAUAAUUAUAUAACUGAUACUACAAUAAUAUUCCCCAUUUAGUUU